CUGAGGAUGUGACCGUUGCAACUCUGAUUCUCUUUGAAUAUAUACCGAAACAUUACAAUUGCGAUCCCAAUCACUCGAUUUCUUCCCAAUCAGUUUUCCAAUAUACGGAAAUUAGAAGAAGGACGAGAAGAGCACACUCCGAAUCAAGGCCUGAGGAAUAAUUCACUCUAUUCGUGCAGUUUGUGACUCUUUCUUUCCAAGAAAUAGCAACAGCCAUGGCCACCCGGGCUAGUCAACUGGUGCGAGACCAGAAUGUUGCCAAACUUCACUGCAGUGGAGCUUCUGCCGGGAUGAAGAAUGAUAGUGAUAAUGUGUCCAUGGGUCAAAAGAAAGGAGGAAAGCAUGGUGCCAGAAGAGCACUCAAUGAUAUAUCAAACUCCACAAAGCCUUGUGCACUCCUGCAGGCAUCAAAGAAAGCAAACCCUUCAACGGUUCUUGUAGAGAAGAAUGCGGGCGUUUCGAAAACGAAGAAGAGAGUUGGUGGAAGGAGAGCACUUGGAGAUCUGACAAACUCCAGCAAGCAAUAUGCGCAGCAGGUGCCGCCUAAGAAAGGUUAUAAUGAAGAAGAAGAAUUGUUUUGUGUGGGUGAGGAGGGAUUUAUGCACAAUCACGACAAGUGUAUCAAAGAGCAGAUGAUGGCUAUGGACAUGGGCUGUUUUCUCAAGGAAGCUGGACUUGCCAAUGAUUCAUCAAAUCAAUUUGUAAUCACUCCACAUGCUUAUCCACCCUCACUGAGGAGGUCAAAGCUGAAGAGUGCAGUAAAGGACUUGGAAAUGGAAGAGCUGCCCGAGUUGCCGAUUCCUUUAAACUACUCACCUGUUCUCCAAAGGUCACCCAUGUCCCCAAAAGCACAGUGUGUGAACUGGAAGGAUGAAAGCUUUCCAGCUUUCUCAUUGAUAGAAACUCCCAUGCUACCAAAUACUGUUGAUGCCUCAUAACCCACAAAAUAUGAAUAUGACUAUAUGAGCGCCCAAUUUAUCAGUAUCUUUAGUUGAUAGGAUUGUGAUCAAGGACGGCAUCUAUCAAAAUGUUGAAAUCAUGAUCAAGAUUAGCUAGUGUGUUUGCUUUUGUUUUCAACUCUGGGUUGUGGUGCUAUGAACAUACGCAAGCACGUUUUACAUUUGCCAUGUAUUCUAUGCAUUCCUUCGACACUUUUUCUUUGUUACUCCCCUUAUUGUUGUCCAAUUAUUUUUCCAUUAAAAAGCUCUAUAUUUG